AUGAAGUUGCAAAGUGCCGAUCUGGAUCUCAAUGAAGCUGUCGCUCUCUUGGAAUCUUUGAUGAAUUAUACAGCAACUCUCAGAGAUUCGUUUGAUGAUUUUGAAGAAAAGGGAAGAUUACGCUCAAGAUCAAAAUCUUACAAAACAGAGGUGGGUCGAAAACGCACUCGAAGUGUAAGACUGACUUUAAAUGAUGGUGCAGCUGAAAAAGCAGAAUUCACUCCGAGCGUUCGUUUCAGAGUUGAAAUGUAUUUGCCUAUUCUGGACAAGCUGCAUGCUGACAGAGCUCAACAAGCGUUUACAAGCCUAUGCCAAGCUGUCGCAUAA